AUGACUAUGCGUAUUCGAAUGGCUAUGCAUGGCCACCGCCACAGGAAGAUCUUCCACGUUGUAGCCAUUAAUAGCAAGCUGCGUCGGGAUGCCAAACCCACAGAGCUUUUGGGUGUCUACGACCCUCAUGGUGCUGAUGGACGCGACGCGAGGACAGUCCGCUGGAGUGUGGCUAGAAUCCAGCAUUGGCUAAACGUCGGUGCCCUUCCUAGUAAAUCAGUUGUGAAACUAUUGGAAUUGGGCGGUAUUCUUAAACCUGGCUCUCCAUAUCACCCUAGAGGUACACAACCACGACAUCCUUUGGCCGAGAAAUUCAUACCUCCGUCCCCUGAACCAACUCCAAUCCCAACUCCGACCAAGAAGACCCCAACGAAGAAGGCAUCAUAA